AUGGAGGAACAGUUCAACCAGCAUCAUGGAGUAACUGCGCGCACAUUCAGCGAAAGCCAGAGAGUGUUGGUUCGUGACUAUAGCGGCAGACACCCUACGUGGACCCCAGGACUCAUCCUUUGCUGGCGCGGCACAGUGGUCUACGAGAUUCGAGUUGGUCCAGCCAAGUGGAUACGCCACGCGAACCGAAACCGGCCCACAGAUUCGCAGAUCCUGCCUACAGGACCGAGUGAUAUGAGUCUAGAAAUGCUUCUGGACAAUUUUGAUCUCGGCACCACCCCAGAAAAUCAAUCAGUGCUUCGUCAGAGGCCCAGCCUGAGCACGGAUUACAACCGCGACUCUGCACAGACAGGAUCCGCAAGCCACUGUGUCAGUCCCGGUGGUGUGGCGAAAAAUGAUAUUUCCAUCCAGAUUGGGAAGGCCAGAGCAGCUUUUGCGAACCUACGUCACCAGUGGCGUAGGCGCGACAUCAGUUUCUCUGUCAAGGGUCGAGUAUACAAUGCUGCGGUGCGCUCCAUAUUACUAUACGGAUCAGACACUUGGCCGCUGCGCGCCGAGGACGUCAAAAGACUCCUAGUGUUUGACCUUCAAGUGCCUUCGGAGCAUUGCCCGAAUCUGGGGACAAACCAUGGGGUGGCUCUAAUUGAUCGGCUCACCAAGAGCACUGUGGGCAUACCAAGUUCGGAAACGGAUCUGAAGCCCCGAAAACUGAUAGAAAAUUUCGGCAUUGCCCUCCAUGAACUUCUGAUCCUCAAAGCGAAGCUGGAAGAUAGAUCUCUACAGCUUGAAGCUAAGUGUCGACUUGAUGAACGUUCUUUUCGAAUCACAAUCGAACGGCUUCGUAAAGAAUUAACGGAACUACACGACCAGUUCUCAAAGCUAGAUACACAAGUUCACAUGGUUUCAGGGAAAUUGGCCCAUCUGGGUGAUCAGUUGGAGCGCAAAAAUUUACCCAGGAAACGCAUUGAAGAGGCUCGAGAUCUUAUCUUGGAAUUUUACAAAUUUCUGGGUGCUGGUGGUGGCACUUUUGCGAACGUUGCUGUAAACCUUCAAGGUGAUGAAACUCAGCUACUUGAGGCUGCGAAACGAAUAAAAAACCUCAACUCAUUGUGUUUCGAGUUGCCAGACGACGAACGUUUUCUUUCGGCUAAACAAAGAGUGACCGUCGCUCAUCAACAGCUGGAAGCCACUUUGCUGGAACGCUUUCGUAUUAACUGUGCCGAAAGAAACACGGCCAUGAUGAAAAGUAUAGCAGAUGCACUGAUCAACAGUAAAGGUCACACCACUUGCAUGGAGAUUCUGAUUGAAGAAACAUUAAAGGGAAUCAAUUCACGCAACCUUGACUUCGAAGCAAUGACAACGCGUUUGGUUGCGGCCGAACAGGACAUAAUGGAAGUCUUCAGUAGACCAGAGGCGACCUUGAUGCAGCUUAUCAACUCUUUAUUUACGUACAAACUGAAGCCUCACAUGGAUGAGCGUAUCCGGUCGGACAUGAGCUCUGAGAUGUAUUUGAUCAAUCUGUACACGGAAUACCAGAACAUGGAUAAGUUGAUGAAGGCACUGUGCGAUCGGCUUACUCUGGUCACGGACCCAUCACAACUGUCCAGAUUGUUCCGAGAACUGUUCGCCAACUACCUAAGUCAGUACGUCGCACGAGAAAAAGAAUGCUUAACAAGACGUUUGAAGAAACAUUUGGAUCAAUUCUAUGAAGCUCGUGGUCACCAAAAACGGCCACUUACUUCUUCUGGGAUCGCUGAUUUCAAACGCGACUUGAGAGUGAAGCUUCAUAUGCUGCCGGAUCAACGGUCGAUGGUUGAUUUCGAAGGUUCACUACUGUCGGAGGAAGUGGCUGUAAAUAUUAUCGAAGAUAUUCGGCGGGCAGCCAAACGUUGUCUGGUUGUCGGUGACCUCCUAUCGGAGCAGCUUCCAGGCAACAGUAUAGUCCACUCCAAAGCAGACCGUUCUUUCCACACCUCUGUUUCUGUCACACUAAUUAUCAUUUCUACACCGAUUCAAUACACACAGCUAUCACAACCAACAGAAUUUGCGGCCAAUGGAAUGGCUCUUUUCGACAUACUAAAUGAAUUUCUUGUGGUGGAGCACGUCCGCUACGGAGUCGUCAUAGCCCUUCAAGGCUUGCAGACAAUGGAUGCGCGUACCGUAACCCCGAACAUUGUCUUCUUCUCGGUUGUCCGUGACUGUACUUCAAUCAUUCAGUUUUUCGGAAAGACAGUGGACGAGUCCAUUUUCCCGCUAGUCAGUGCAUCACCUACGUGUCUCCAGGAGAUAAAUUCGAAACGCCAAUCAAUUCAGCAGAAAUUAGAGGCUCAACUCCAGAGCGGGCUGGAUCGCUGCUUGAACCUCAUUAUAUCGCAUGUGCAGCAUGUUUUAUCUACAGAACAGCGCAAAACAGACUUUCGGCCAGAUUCAGCUGUCGGAAUUCCUGUUGGCGGUCCACCCUCUCAGGCCUGUCAACGAGUAGUUGGUUUUCUUGCUCAAGUGGUGAACGAAGCCCGUCGUCAACUGGAUGGUCAGAAUCUGAAGAACUUCUUUACCGAACUUGGCAUGCGUUUGAAUCGGACCUUGGUGGACCACUUCUACGGAUUCACUUUUUCCGAUACCGGUGGCUUUUUGGCAAUGCAAGAUGUGACUGCCUACCGCGAUUUGGCUAGUCAGUUCGGAAGUCCUGUGGUUCAUGGAUUGUUCGAUGUGUUGCUCAAACUCAUGAACCUGAUGCUUAUCAAGCCCGAUAACGUGCAACAAGUAUCACAAGACUAUCUUCAGUCGGGUAUACCACUUGAACUGCUCCAAAACUUUAUCCAGCUGAGAGCCGACUACAAAGAGGCGCGAGUGAAAAUGGAGAUACGGAAACCAUCGCGUUGAGAGCUGGGCGAUAUAUCAUGGCGCGUGAUACAAAGACUGUAGAAGGCCAAAUAAUUUGUCACUUUUUUAAUUAUUUCGCUUUUAUCUAUACCUCGUUCAUACAUAUUUUGAAUUUUCGGAAUAUAUUUCUUGUCAAAAAGUUUAUCGGCUGUUAAUUCGUCUUCCUUUGGCGUGGAUGCCCUCCAGUCAACAUAUGGUUUAAGUUCACAUUGAUUCAGAUCUGUCGGUACAAUGAAAUCUAGCUGCAUCUCCGGAAAUUCAAUUCGUUGAUCAUCAAUGUUCACUGCUGUUGGAGGUUCUCUGUAAUGUGGAUAGUUUACUCCAACAGUUUCGCUUACCUCGGUAUCCAGGGGAAACGAGCGCGUUGACGACUUUUCUGGACGUCAAGUAACCAGUGGUAUCGAGUUUUGUAUGCCAACUUUUGUCGAAAAUGCAACGGCCCCGAAGUGCUGAUAUAUCUACGUGUACAAUCGAUAGUCCAAUUCCAUCUCAGAUGCCACAUUAGUGGAGCUGAAACAUGGAAAAAUUAUCCGCGUCUGAAAGCGCCUAACCUCUCUAAUUACAGAUGGCAGACUCUUGGUUGUUGCGGCGCAUUUUUCACUCAUCACCGGGGGGUCCAGUUCCACAACCAUCAGUUCAGUUGCGGCUUGUACCAUUGUCAUUUGGUCUAUUCUGAUUCGAACGUUACUCAGUGAUUCCAUGGACAGGUUCACGUGUUCCGAGCACAAAUGCACUCAGAACAUUCAAU